AACAACUAUGGCCUGUAAUAAUAUACUACAUAAUUAAACACGGCGUAAUCUUAUCGACGCUUGCUCAGAGACUCCGUUGACAUUAUUUUUGAUGUGCUGUGCCAGCGGAAGUCUAAGAAGGCAGUUGGCAAAACAGCAGCAAUCCAGACGGAAGCGAAGCGCCCAUCAUGCGAUCUAAAGAUCUCAUAUCCAUAACAGAUACCGAACGAGAACUGGCCAGUUUUGCAGUACAGGAUCAAAGUAACUAUGGGGCUUGCCUCGAGGACUUGCAACUGUUUGCCCAACUGGAAGAUAUCUCCGGAGAAAGAGUGCCAUUGGAGAUGGAGCUGCUCAAAUCAAGCUCGGAAUUCGAUUUAUUAGAUCUGAUGAAUGGGGCUCUUCCGAAUCAGGACACAACUGAACCGAAAUCACUAGACACAUGUAAGCCCAAGCGAGCACCACCAACAAGACGCAACCCGAAAGCUGGAAAGGAUCAUAUCUGCGAUGUCUGCAACAGACGCUUCUCGGAGGCAUACAAUCUGCGCAUCCAUAAGAUGACCCACACAGACGAGAAACCUCAUGUGUGUGAAGACUGCGGCAAGGGAUUCCGGCAGCUAAACAAACUUCGCAUCCAUGCAGUGACCCACACGGCGGAGCGGCCGCAUAAGUGUGACAUUUGCGACAAGGGAUUCCGGUAUGCCAACUAUCUUACUGUCCAUCGAAGAUUGCAUACCGGAGAAAAACCGUAUCCGUGUUUGGUCAAGGACUGUCAAAUCUCUUUCCACUCCAUUCACGCCCGUCGCGUUCACACGAAGCUUAGGCAUUCGGCUGUAACGGAUCCAGAUACCGAUCAUCCGCUGGAGGAACAAGAACAACGGGAGACGAUUGCUCUUAGUUUCACCUGUCCGGUUUGUAGCCGAGUUCUUACGGAUCACUGCUACCUGAGCAUCCACCUAAAGAGGCAUUAUAACCAACGUGAUUUCGCCUGUCCGCAGCCCCAUUGCAGCAAGAGAUUCUUUAGCGCCUCGGAGCUUAAGCACCAUCAGAUUGCCCACUCUCAACUGCGUCCUUUUGCCUGUCCACUCUGUCCGGCACGAUUCCUGCGCAAAUCGAAUCACAAACAACACCUCAAGGUGCACGAACGUUAAGUAAUACUAGGAAGCUAAAAUCUAAUAUUUCAAUUUAAAAUUUAAGUCUUAUUACUUUAGAAAAAGAUGUCAUUAAAAACAGUAAGCCCACCCAAAACACUACGCAAAUCCAAUCCACAAAAUCUGAGAUACGCCCCACCAAAAGCUUCUAUAAAAUUUGCAUGGGCUGGGCUUUCCAUUCAAUAUAAGUAUUUAUUUAUAUAUA